GCUUUUCAGACGCCAGAUGACCCUCACGGCUGGACUGCACUCCAGCUGAAGUCUCAACCUGUGGAGGAGCGGAGAGAAUCGGAGUUAUGUCACUCCUGUGUGUCCGAGUGAAGAAGGCCAAGCUCCAGGGGCCUCCAGAUAAGUUUAAUGUGUACGUGACUCUGAAGGUCCAGAAUGUCAAGAGCACGACGGUUACGGUGCGAGGAGAUCAGCCGUGCUUUGAGCAGGACUUCAUGUUUGAGAUUAACCGUUUGGAUUUGGGGUUGGUGGUGGAGCUGUGGAAUAAAGGCCUGAUCUGGGACACCUUGGUGGGGACGGCCUGGAUCCCCCUCGACACCAUCCGCCAGUCCGAUGAGGAGGGUCCUGGGGAGUGGAUCUCUUUGGAUUCGGAGGUCCUCAUGAAAGCAGAUGAAAUUUAUGGCACUAAAAACCCAACACCUCACCAGGUUCUGCUGGACACUCGCUUCGAGCUGCCCUUUGACAUUCCGGACGACGAGGCCCAGUACUGGACAAGAAAGCUGGAGCGCAUCAAUGCAAUGAGGAUACACGAUGAGUAUCCACUGCAAGAUGAAGCCCAAAGAAUGCCAAUGGCACCCCUCCCCUCGCAGUGCUCUCUGGAUGACCAUGAUAGUGCAGUGGACGACAGAGACAGUGACUACCCCAGUGAGACAAACAGCCGUCCUCCGCGGUACCACACGACAGCCCAGCCCAAUUCCUCAGUACACCAAUACCCUGUGGGCCGACGUUCGCAUCAUCAACCUGUGUUCAAGGAGUCUGGAACAGAUUCAGUCCACAACUAUGAACUGGACUACAGGGAAGGAAGGGGCCCUAGCCCGGCGGACAGCUCACGGUUUGGGUCGUCCGGUAACCUCAGCCAGAGCAGCUCCCAGUUCAGCUCUGAACCAGAGGAGAGGAGUGACCCAGACACCAGGUCUAGACCUCCUCUUAGAGCCCAACCCCAGCUAUCCUCAGAGGAUGCAGAGAAAGGAGAGCGAGAGAUACAAACGAGUGUGGAGAAAGAGACAGCAGAGGUUACCCUGCCUGCCAAACCACUUGCUAUUCAAGGGAAGAAGUCAGAAAGUUUCAUUGGGGUCAGAUCUCCUCCCAUUGCUCUCUCCCGCCUCCGCUGGCUGAAGGCCAUCAACAAAGUCAGGGUUCACCUGCACCAGGCUCAGAGUAAUGAUGGAGGUCCCAGCAGACAGCCGUGGACCAGACAGCCCGGUGGAGGGGGUAUAUUUGGUAUCGACAGCAUGCCUGAUCUCCGGAAGAAGAAGCCGGUUCCUCUGGUCAGCGAAGUGGCCAUGUCUCUGGUCCAGUGCAGGAAGGCUGGUAUCUCGUACGCUCUGCAGUCUCGUUCUUCACUCAAAGACGAGGAGCUGAAGACCCAUGUGUAUAAGAAGACCCUGCAGGCUCUGAUCUACCCCAUCUCCUGCACCACACCGCAUAACUUCGAGGUCUGGACGGCCACCACGCCCACCUACUGCUACGAGUGCGAGGGGCUGCUGUGGGGGAUCGCCCGGCAGGGCAUGCGCUGCUCUGAGUGCGGGGUCAAAUGUCACGAGAAGUGCCAGGAGCUCCUCAACGCCGACUGUCUACAGAGAGCGGCGGAGAAGAGCAGUAAGACCGGAGCUGAAGAUCGCACCCAGCACAUCAUCUCAGCCAUGAAGGACCGCAUGAAGAUCCGCGAGAGGAACAAGCCGGAGAUCUUCGAGGUGAUCCGAAGCGUCUUCAACGUCAGCAAACUGAAUCACGCCCAGCAGAUGAAGACCAUCAAACAGACCGUCCUGGACGGAACCUCCAAGUGGUCGGCCAAAAUCUCCAUCACAGUACUGAGCGCUCAGGGUCUGCAGGCUAAAGACCGGACCGGCUCCAGUGACCCGUACGUGACCGUGCAGGUGGGGAAGACCAAGAAGAGAACCAAAACCAUCUACGGCAACCUCAACCCCGUUUGGGAGGAAACCUUCAACUUUGAGUGCCAUAACUCGUCUGACCGUAUAAAGGUGCGCGUGUGGGACGAGGAUGACGACAUAAAGUCUCGAGUGAAGCAGAGGCUGAAGAGGGAGUCGGAUGAUUUUCUGGGUCAGAGCAUCAUCGAGGUCCGAACGCUCAGCGGAGAGAUGGACGUCUGGUACAACCUCGAAAAGCGCACGGAUAAGUCGGCCGUAUCCGGAGCGAUCCGGCUGCAGAUCAGCGUGGAGAUCAAAGGAGAAGAGAAAGUGGCACCUUAUCACGUACAAUACACCUGCCUGCAUGAGAAUAUCUUCCACUUCCUGAUUGACGCCGAUGGUGCGGUGAAGUUGCCGGUUGCUCGUGGCGACGAUGCGUGGAAGGUUUAUUUUGAUGAAGUGGAGCAGGAGAUCGUGGACGAGUUCGCCAUGCGCUACGGCAUCGAGUCCAUCUACCAGGCCAUGACACACUUUGCCUGUCUCUCCUCUAAGUAUAUGUUACCUGGUGUUCCUGCAGUAAUGAGCACUCUGCUGGCCAACAUUAAUGCAUUCUUCGCUCAUCCGACCUCAGCCACCAGCGUCUCCGCCAGCGACCGCUUCGCCGCCUCCAACUUCGGGAGAGAACGUUUCAUAAGGCUGCUGGAUCAGCUCCAUAACUCCCUGCGCAUUGACCUGUCCACCUACAGGAAUAACUUCCCUGCCAGCAGCAAACCUCGCCUGUCCGAUCUGAAGUCCACCGUGGACCUGCUGACCAGCAUCGCCUUCUUCAGGAUGAAGGUGCAGGAACUGCAGGCUCCUCCUCGAGCAGCUCAUGUGGUACGGGACUGCGUGAAGGCCUGCCUCAACUCCACGUACGAGUACAUCUUCAACAACUGCCAGGAGCUCUACAGCAGACAGUUCCAACCCGCCAGCGAACAGGAAAAGCCGAAAGAAAAGAAAGAAGGAGAGGAAGAAGGAGAAGGAGAGGAGGAUGAAGAGAAGGCAAAGGAGGAAGAGAGCGCUCCAGCAGAGGAGGCGGGGCCGAGCAUCCACAACCUGGACUUCUGGCCCAAACUCAUCACCCUCAUAGUGUCCAUUACAGAGGAGGAUAAACACGCAUACACACCUGUUAUAAACCAGUUCCCUCAGGAGCUGAACGUGGGGAAGGUCAGUGCGGAGGUCAUGUGGACGCUCUUCGCUCAGGACAUGAAGUACGCUCUGGAAGAACAUGAGAAGCACAGGCUGUGUAGGAGUGCGGACUACAUGAACCUGCACUUUAAAGUGAAGUGGCUCUAUAACGAGUACGUCAGAGAGCUGCCGGCGUUCUCAGACACGGUUCCUGAGUAUCCAGCGUGGUUCCUGCCAUUUGUUCUUCAGUGGUUGUCUGAGAAUGAGGAGGUUUCUAUGGAGUUUAUGCACGGAGCUCUGGAGAGGGACAAGAGAGAGGGGUUCCAGCAGACCUCGGAGCACGCUCUGUUCUCCAGCUCGGUGGUGGACAUCUUCACUCAGCUCAACCAAAGCUUUGAGAUCAUCAAGAAACUGGACUGUCCCGACCCCAGCGUGGCGGCCCAGUACAACCGACGCUUCGCCAGGACGAUCAGUAAGGUGCUGCUGCAGUACUGCACCAUCCUGUCCAAAAACUUCCCCUCGUACUGCGAGAAGGAGAAGAUACCCUGUGUGCUGAUGAAUAACGUGCAGCAGAUGAGGGUGAUGCUGGAGAAGAUGUUUGAAUUUAUGGGAGCCAAGCAGUUGGAUUCCGAAGCUGCAGAAAUCCUGAAUGAUCUUCAGGUGAAACUCAACACAGUUCUGGACAACCUGAGCGCCAUGUUUGCCAAGAGUUUCCAGGCUCGUAUCAGUGUGUGUAUGCGUCAGGUGGGGGAGAUCCUGUAUCAGAUCAAAGGGCCGCUGAACCAGAACGCUCGAAACUCUGCAGAAGCUGACGCAGUCAAUGCACUGCGGCCACUCAUGGAGUUCCUGGAUGCAAAUCUGAGUAUUUUUGCGGAUCUGUGUGAGAAGACGGUGCUGAAGAGGGUUCUGAAGGACCUGUGGAAGAACGUUCUGAUCUGCAUGGAGAAAACCAUCGUCCUGCCACAGAGCAGCGACAGCAUCGGGGCUCAAUUACUUACAGCUGCCAAAGAGCUCUCCAAACUGAAGGGGGCAGAGCCGAAGACCCUCUCUCCCAGACAGUGUGCCAUCAUGGAGGUGGCGCUGGACACCAUCAAGCAAUUCUUCCAUGCUGGCGGUGAUGGACUGAAGAGAUCGUAUUUGGAGAAAAGUUCUGAACUGUCGUCUCUGCGUUACGCUCUGUCUCUCUACACACAGACCACUGACGCUCUGAUCAAGACCUUCAUCACCACUCAGCACACACAGGUGCAUAACGGCAUGGGCAUCAGGAUCACUCCCAAAGAGACUGUGCGACCUGACCGAGGAUCUGGAGUGGAGCAGCCAAUAGGGGAGGCCGUGAUUCAGGUGGAUAUGGUGCCUCCUGCUGCCAACACUGAGCAGAAGCUCACCAUCAAAGUGAUUGCGGUGAAUGAUAUGAAGUGGCAGACUUCUGGGCUCUUCCGGCCCUUCGUGGACGUUAACCUGGUCGGCCCACUGCUCGCAGAUAAGAAGCGCAAGUUUACGACCAAAUCCAAAAACAACUGCUGGACUGCCAAGUACAGCGAGGCCUUUCAGUUUGUGCUGGGUAAAGGGGUGAGUGCGGAGUGCUACGAGCUGCAGCUGACGGUGAAGGAUUACUGUUUCGGGCGAGCGGACCGCGUGGUGGGGCUGACGGUGCUGAAGCUGAGGGACGUGAUGGACAGGCGCAGCUGCGUGUGCUGGUGCCCUCUGGGGGCCAAAAUCAGCACCGACCAGACCGGACAGAUCACCUUGAGCAUCCUUGCUCAGAGACACGCAGACGAGAUCGCCAAGGAGUUCGUCAGACUGAAGACCGAGAGCAGACCGGCAGAGGAGGGCAGGUAGAGAGACAUAGAGAGAGAGAGAGAGAGAGAGAGAGAACC